UGCUCCGUGCGGGGAUGCUGAAUUGUAGGUGAUGAUGGCGGAAGCAGAGGAGGAGCAGCGCUGAGUUUCAUCUGAGUUAGAAACCAUAUCUACAACACCAGCUUCUCUCUUCCCCAUCGAGAGAGCUUCUAUCCCGGCUACAGGCGAUGGGGAACGAGGCCAGUCUGGAGGGGGAGGGACAGGGACAGGGACAGGGACAGACGGCGGUUGGACAGCCCGGCCCCGCCGUCCCCACAGCAACGGGGGCUCCGGCUUCCAUUUCAGCACCACCGGACUCUGGACAGCUCAUCAAGCCGAGCAACGGAGCGCCUGCUGGGGCUGGACCCGGCGGAGGAGGCGGCGGAGGCGGCCCGGGGAUUAACAGAGCACCUCCGUCAGACCCGGGACCUAAAGCGGGAGUCCAGAGUGGUCACGGGACGGGGGACAGGUUGGCCGCCCACGACACCCCUCAGCACCCUCAAGGAGAGCAGGGCCAGGGUCACGUGUCCAGGAAGAGCCUGCAUGUGGAUGUGAGUAGCAGCAGGACUGGGAGGUCCCCCUCCGUGUCCCCAGACCGAGGCAGCGUCCCAACCUCCCCUUACUCCGUGCCACAAAUCGCGCCCAUGCCCAGCAGCAAACUGUGCCCCGUCUGCAAAACCACCGACCUGACGGGCACCGGGGACGACCAGCCGAACUUCAACACCUGCACACAGUGCCGCUCCAAGGUGUGCACCCAGUGUGGCUUCAACCCCAACCCUCACCUCACAGAGGUUCAGGAGUGGCUAUGUCUGAACUGUCAGAUGCAGAGAGCGCUGGGGAUGGACAUGGACACACCGCGCUCCAAGAGUCAACAACAGAUACACUCUCCUUCUCAUGCAGCCAAACCAGAACUUAAACCUGAUGCUUCGCCUCAGCAUACACCCCAGACACAGCCCCCUCCUCAGACGCAGCCUCCAGCACAGGCCCAUCCUCCGACACAGGCCCAUCCUCCGACACAGGCCCAUCCUCCGACACAGGCCCACCUUCCAACACAGGCCCACCCUCCAACACAGGCCCACCCUCCAACACAGGCCCACCCUCCAACACAGGCCCACCCUCCAACACAGGCCCAUCCUCAAACACAGGCCCAUCCUCCAACACAGGCCCAUCCUCCAACACAGGCCCACCCUCCAACACAGGCCCAUCCUCCAACACAGGCCCACCCUCCAACGCAGGCCCGUGCAGCACCUGGUCCUAUCAAACAGACUGGUCCAGCUGGCCCAGGUCAGCAUCAAAUAAAGCUCCCUCCAGGGGCUGUCCCUCUCCCCGGCAUGGCCAAGGCCCCGUCUCAGCCUGAUCUGUCCCGCAACUCCCCAGCCCACCAACCCCACCACCCCCGCCAGGACCAGACUCGCAGUGCGGGGAGCUCCCCUUCACGGCAGCCCCCACCUCCAGAGCAGACUUUUGGGAAGCUGUUUGGCUUCGGUGCUUCUCUUCUUAACCAAGCCAGCACUCUCAUAUCUGAGACUACUCAACCCCAACAACAGCCCCCAAAAACGGCCCCCAAACCAGGAGGACCUCCGGGUCCAGGGCCUGGGGCGGGUAAACCCUCAGGACCUCAGCCUGCACAACAAGGGCCUCGAGCACCCGCUCAGCAGCAACAACAACAGCACGCUCCGCCGGACCACUCUAAACCCAAAGCUUGUUGUCCUCUCUGCAAGACAAACCUCAACAUCGGCAACACAGCAGAACAACCCAACUACAACACCUGCACACAGUGCCACCACCAGGUGUGCAACAUGUGUGGAUUCAAUCCCACGCCCCACCUCGUCGAGAAGAAAGAAUGGCUGUGCUUGAACUGCCAGACGCAGAGGGCUCUGUCAGGAAGCUUGGGAGAUGUCGCAGCUCCUGUUGCACAGCCCGUGGGAUCCCCCCGGCCAUCUGCUACAGCCAAUCAACAACCACCUCAGCAGAAAGGGCCAAAUCAACUUUUAGGGCCUAGGCCUACAGGUCCUCAGCAACAACAGAAACCACCGGGUCCCCAAGUAAGUGGCCCUGUCUCUCCUGUGAAACAUGCUGGGCCCGCCCCUCAUACCAAGGGGCCCAGCCAAGCUUCCCCUCAAACCAAAGGUUCUGCCCAACCUGUUGCUCAACCUAAGGGUUCAACUCAGCCACCUUCCCAAACGAAGGGUCCAACACAGCCCUCAGCUCAGAGUAAGGGACCUCAAAUUAAAGGUCCUAAUCAGUCACAUGCUCAGAGUAAGGGCCCUGUUCAGUCUGCUAACCAAAUAAAGGGCCAGAACCAGGCCAAAGGGCAGACUCAGACAAAGGGAUCUGCUCAGCCCUCUGCUCAGACUAAGGGCCCUUCUCAUCCUUCUGGUGGCAAGGCCACCCCUGGUAAAGCCACACCCAACCACGCCAAGGCCUCUUCCACCCCAUCAAAACCAGUACCUACUCAGUCUAAACCCACAGGUAACAACCAGGCCCGCAAACAGCCACAGAGCCAGGAGAAGACUAAGGUUGCAUCUAAAUCUCUAAAAGAAGACGUCAAGGCCUCACCAAAAAAGGCUUUGUCAGAGACUAUCACUUCACCAAAAGACAUGAAGAUAACUGAAGAUACACAGAAGUCAAGACACCAUGAAGAUUACAACAAAUCAAGUACACAGAGUCUAAGUGACACUGGAUACUCCUCAGAUGGGAUCUCAAGCUCUCAUGGGGAGAUUACAGGACAGAUCCGGGAAGAAGGAAUCAAGCUCAAUGAAAGAGGUGCUUCCAUCCCCUCAGAAAUCACCAAGCUAGAGAGCUCCAUGAAGCCUCUGCUGGAGUCAAAGACGGCGUCAGACCAGAAGCACAGGCCACAUUCAUUGUCUGUGGGACAGGGCCGGGACUACAAUCCUGAUGACGAUAUAGCAAGGGAUGAAUCAGAGGAUGACCUCAGUUGUAAGCUUCGCCAUGAUUAUGUGGAGGACAGCAGUGAAAGUGGUCUCUCACCAUUGCCAGUAAGACAGAAGAAAUCCCAUAAAGAUGUAUCAGAUGAGGAAUACAUGAGGAGGCAAAUUAUGGAGAUGAGUGCAGAUGAAGAGGAGAUGGAAGAACAAGGAACCCAGAAGACUAAACGGGGACAUAAAACGGGUGGGGAUUUGAGCAAAGAGAGACGACGACUCACUCACCAUUCUAAUAGUUUUGAGGAGGACACCAAAGCAUCGGAGGCAAACGAAGAGGAAGAUGUUGUAAUGGCUGGUGGCCUUCGGCGCUUUAAGACCAUUGAGCUGAAUAACACCAACAGCUACAACCGAGACAUGGAGAUCAGUACUGAGCAUGACCUACGAGAACCAGAGCUAGAGAUGGAGAGUCUGACUGGUUCUCCUGAGGAGCGGUCCAAGGGAGAAUAUUCCUCCACCCUACCCGCCACCACUCCCAGCUACACCUCUGGAACAUCCCCCACAUCUGUGUCGUCCAUGGAGGAUGACAGUGACAGCAGCCCUAGUCGUAGGGCAAGACUAGAGGAGGCAAAGCAGCAGAGGAAGGCUCGACAUCGGUCCCAUGGGCCACUGCUGCCCACCAUCGAGGACUCAUCUGAGGAAGAUGAGCUCAGAGAGGAGGAAGAACUACUCCGAGAACAGGAGCAGAUGAGAGAUCUAGAGCAACAGAGGAUCCGAAGUACUGCUCGAAAGACAAAGAGGGAUAAAGAGGAGCUACGGGCACAGAGACGCAGGGAAAGAUCCAAAACUCCCCCCAGUAAUCUCUCUCCUAUCGAGGAUGCAUCGCCAACAGAAGAGCUAAGGCAGGCUGCAGAGAUGGAGGAGCUCCACAGAUCAUCAUGUUCCGAAUACUCACCAUCUAUGGACUCGGAGGCAGAGGGCUUUGAGAUGAUCGGUGGAAAGCUUUACAAAACAGGAAAUGAAUACAACCUUCCAACCUUCACAUCACUCUACUCCCCUACAGAAAAGACAUCAGCAACGUCACCAUCUGAUAAAACACUAAAAAGUGCAGAGGAGGUCUAUGAGGAGAUGAUGAAGAAAGCACAGCUCAUGCAGAGGCAAGGGCACACAGGUAAUCAGCAGAGAGGUGCCUCGCAGCCUGACAGUAAACAUCAUCUUGAAGCAGGAACUGUCCUAACCCCCGGCUCGAGCCCAACGCAGGUCACUGCACCUAUGUCCUUCUCCACAACAGGGAGUGAUCCAAGAAUCCCUGGAAUCCAUGCAGCACAGCAUCUAUCAAAAGAAACACAGAAUAGGAUGAUGACACAGAGUGCCAAAAUUGAAGGUGUUGUUGGGGUUGCCACAACCAAAGCCCAAGUCAGUCAGACUGCCACAACUCGACAGGCAGGUAGCACAGUGCCCGCUGGCAGCAGAGCAGGCUCCCAGAGGCCAACGCAGGCAUCACCUGACCCUGGAGCAUCCUCCCUAACCUCCAAAGUCUUCUCCCUUUUCAAAGGCGCCAGCCCCCCCGUCUCGCCCAACGCUUCUCCAGCACAGAGCCCAACGCGUACGCCGUCCGUGAGACCCACUAGUGGUAGUGGCAGACAGCUGCCGACUUUGCCUGGUGGUCCUACAUCAGCUGCAGCAUCCCAUGGACAUCAGGCACCUCAGAAGGCAGCUUCACCACGCCUGGCACGACAACAGUCCUCUCAAGAUGCACCAGUGAUGGUGAUAACACUAGGCUCCGAUACAACUAGUCCUGCCAGGCCGAUCACUGUAAAUUCUUCCACUUCCCCUCUGUCAUCGCCAACACAGAUCAGUUGUAAAACCUUGUAUAGCUCCCAGCCCCCUUCGACAAGUUCCCCAACAUCGCCACAAAUGCACCCAUCACAACACCCGUCUCCUAAGCAUUCUUCACAGAUGGCUCAACAUGUUGAAAAAGUUAAUGUUGGUAUUAGCACAGUGAACACAGCUGCAUAUGGUCGUGGAUCUAUGGAAAACAUAUCUCUAUGUAAAAUUUCAAAUAUUCCAGGCUCUUCAAUGGUUGUGGGUCAGAGUCAAAGCGUGGUGGAUCUGAGAGCCCCAGUGAGGCCGGCUCCAAUAAUAAUGACAGACCAGGGGAUGGACCUAACAUCCCUUGCCACUGAUACAAGGAGAUACUCUUUAGGAUCGGAGCAGCCAUCUCGGCACACAGCAGUGCAACCUCUUAUUAUGAACCUGAAUGCACAAGAGCAACCACACAUAUCUGUAUCAACACCAACCACAGUUAGUGUCACAGUUGCAGGCUCUAUGUUCAUGACCCAACCCAAGCACACAAUUGUGUAUGGAGAUCCUUUACAAAACCGUAUGGAUUUGGGGCAGGGUGUUGGAUCAGCUGUGUGUUUAACCCAGAGCAAGCCCCAAAUUACUGACCCAUCUAUUCCCAAAAUUGAUGCCUGCCUGGAGAACCUGGGUAUACAACAGCAACAGCUGCAGCUACAGCAGCAGAAGCUCCUGCAGCAGCAACAGCUUCUUGAGCAGCAACUCCAGCAGCACCAUCAGCAAUCCUCUUUUGCUCGUUACAAUUUAGCCAAUCAGGUCCAGCCACUGCUGAUGAAAAAAGACCUCGUAGUGAGCCAGACAAGCAGUGCCCAGCCUGCAGUGACUGCUAGUGCCAUUCCUAGAGUAUCCCCCCUGGCUCCACCGUCAGUGUCCGGGGCUCCUGCUAAUAAUGCUCCCCAUGAAGUCUAUAGCGGAGUUGCCUUAGAGCUAAAAAACAAGCCAACAGUAAUGAACUUGUCCACAGGAAAGCCCCAUGUUAUGAUGGUGCAACUUGAUGAAAGUAACACAUCACAAGGGGCCACAAUGACUCAGUUGGUAAAGCGAGAGGAACCUCCUCCCCCUCCUCAGGUCUUGGAUCUCACUGGACAAAUCAAACCAGAAAACCAGGUGGCUUGUUGCGAUGUUGUUUACAAAUUGCCCUUUGCUGGUUCCUGUUCAGGGUCCUUCACUCAGAAGCCUACAACAGUAUCCUCAGAUAAAACCCCAACCCCUGAAACCUCUCAAGCAGCCCACCCUCCCCACCCUCCCCAUCCACCACACUACAAUAUCAGCCAACAACAACACCAACCUCAAGCCACACAAGGAGUGACAGAGGAACAUAAACCAUAUCAACCACCCAUAGCCCCCUCAGGAAGAAUUCAGCCCUCCAUGUCUGAUACUAAUCUGCCCUCCAUGAGUGAUGCUGGUCACUAUCAGAGUAAUGUCCAGGGGGGUCUGGCAGUAGAUCUUAGUAGCAUGAAUCAGGCUUAUGAUGGUGGAUACCUUGGCAUUGGAGCACAGUAUGGAUCUUACACAGACUUGCGUCACCAAGGAGAUUUUACAGGCCCUUCAUUACCCCUUCGUCGAUAUGGCUCCAUGUCAAAUAUCAAUUCUGACUAUGCCUUCAGUUCACGUGACCCAACAGGGACAGGACCACUGGACUCCAAUCUGGCUCAGUACAGUGCAACCACUGCCAGGGAGAUCAGUCGCAUGUGUGCAGCUCUUAACUCUGUAGAUCAGUAUGGGAGCCGGUAUGGAAAUAACCCUGAACUCGUACCAUAUGGGGCUGGACGGGGUGGACCAUUAGCUAGGCUAAAUCUCCAGCAAAGCUUAGCAUCCAUAAGAGCAAACCUAAUGUAUGGCCCAGAUGGAAGACCAACAGCAAAUGGCCAAACCCUAACAAACCUAAUAAAUGCUAGACAAGCAAGUAUACGCGCCUUGUACCCUGCUGCUAUGAGAGGAGGUGAUGGCAUGAUUUAUUCCACCAUUAACACUCCCAUAGCCUCCACCUUGCCAAUUACCACCCAGCCUUCCUCUGUCCUGCGUCCCAUACCUAGAGGAAUUUACAGACCAUACCCUACAGGUGUAACUGCUGUACCAUUGGCUAGCCUUACCAGGUUGCCUCAAGUGACUCCCAGAAUGCCCCUGUCCACACAGGGACCAUAUUCAUACCCUACUCCAAACCAGUAUCCUCCUUCAGCCACACCAUCAGGAAGUGUGCCUGAUGCAAGCAGCUCACACCAGGAAACUCCUGUGUACCUUGGAAAGCCUUUAACAGCAGUUGCUGCUCAAACAGCUGCAACCAUUCCACCCUCCCAUCCUGUGGCACACUUAGGAUCACAAAAUGUACCAGUAGCUGGUAUGCAAACCAUGGCAGAUCUUCAGACAGGCCGCACUCAACUUACCUCACAGAGUGUUACGUCAUUUUCUCAAGCUCAAGGCCAACCUCCAACAGUCCAGCUAGUGCAGGCUCAAAUGCGGCCACACCAGUUACCAACUCAAACUGAACCUUUAUCUUUGACUCAAACCCAACCUCAAGUUCAACCCAUCAGUCAACCUCAACCGUUAGCUCUGCCGCAGGGUCAGCCACAAGAGACACCCCAUGGCGCUGCUCAAGCACCGAGUUCCGCAGUUUCUCCUCCCAUGGAUGCCCAGAAAUCUAAGGAAGAUGAGAGACUGAGUCAGCAACAAGAGCAUGUGCUGCAGCUAGAGCGAGAGCGCGUUGAACUGGAGAAAUUACGGCAGAUGCGCCUACACGAGGAGCUUGAAAGAGAUCGCAUGGAGCUUCAGCGACACAGAGAAAAAGAACAACUAAUCGUUCAGCGUGAGAUCCAAGAGCUGCAGACAAUCAAACAGCAAGUUCUCCACCAGCAGCAAGCCGAGCGGGAGACGCAGCUCAUUAUGCAAAGAGAACAACUUGCCCAGCAAAGAAUGCAGCUUGAACAAAUUCAGUCUCUGCAGCAUCAGCUCCAGCAGCAGUUGGAGGAGCAGAAGAGGCAAAAGACGGCAGCAGUGGAGGCAGCAGCUGCUGCUGCAGCAGCAGAGGCAGCCGCCGCAUCAGCGGUGGUGGCGGCUGCAGCAGCAACACCUCCCCAGGCUGCUAUACAAGGGGUAGUUGUUGGAGGAGGGCCCCCUCAGGGGUUCAUUAUUUGUGACCAGAGUGGUAGAGUCAUUCAACAAGAUGGACAGAGUGUUCAAUUUUGGCAGGAUGGACAGGUGGUCCAAGCCGUGGUGGCUGCUCGACCCAUUCAUAGUUCUGCCUCUGAAAUGUCUUUGAGAAGCAGCGAUAAACAGGCUGAUUCCAAGACUAUGAAAAAGCAGAAUUCCAUGCCUCGGUUGAGGGAUGGCUCAGAAGAGGACUCUGGGAGGAGGAUUGCAGACAGCUGUGUGCAAACGGAUGAUGAAGAUGGAGAGGACAGAUUCAUGAACAGGCGUAGGAGAACAAGGCGUAUCGCGGACUGCAGUGUGCAGACUGAUGAGGAGGACCAGGGAGAAUGGGACCAGCAGCCAGUAAGGCGCAGGCGAUCACGUGUAUCCAAGCACUCUGAGUCCAGUGGUGAGGCUAAAUCAGAAGGGUCAUCUAAAGUGGCUUCUGCUAGUAUAGCUAUUCAGACCACAAAUGAUUCAUCAUGCCAAACAGAGCCCGAACAACUAAGCCGGAUUUCGCCUGCAAUCCACAUUACCAUGGCAGAGACCUCAAAGGUUGACCUAUUACAUUACAUAGCGGCCCCUGAAAGGACCCACAAAGGAGAGAGUCUGGCCUGCCAGACAGAACCAGAGUCUCAGUCUCAGGGUGUGGUCGCCCCUCAGCUGAGUGUCCCUACAACUAUUAGUCCAUACUCCACAAGUCUGCAUAUAGUGGGUGCGAACGCAUCUGACCCACCCUCUCCUAGACUCCAAGGAGUUGCUAAGUUUGAGAGGAGGAAACCAGACCCCUUAGAAAUUGGCUAUCAACAAAGUGAGUCUCCAUCUCGCCAGCCCCCCAAAUCUCCCCAGGUGCUAUACUCCCCUGUAUCUCCAUUGUCUCCUCAUCGCAUGCUGGAGACAACAUUUGCCUCCCAGGAGAAACUCAACAAGGCCCAUGUUACACCCCAGCAGAAGGCCUUUACUGCUGAAUCACCCCAACGCCACCAGACCCUACCAAGACCCAUAAAAAGUGUGCAGCGCUCUAUGUCGGAUCCCAAGCCUCUCAGCCCCACAUCGGAGGACCCCGCCAAGAACAGGUUCUCCCCAUAUCAUCAGCAAGCUCUGUCCAACAGUCAGAUGGCCUCCCUGCAGCAGCAGCAGAACUCUCUGAUGAGGAAAAUAAAGAGGACUCUUCCCAGCCCCCCUCCAGAGGAGAGUCCGCUCCCCAUUGUUACUCCAGCACAAAUGUACAGCUCUCCUGGCAUGCCCCAGAGGGUGCUGCCCAGACCUGCCCAGGGAGUCACCAAGGCCGGCCUGCUGAGCGAACUGAAAGCUGUGGAACAAGAGUCGUCGAAGCUCCGCAAGCAGCAGGCUGAACUGGAGGAAGAAGAGAAAGAGAUUGAUGCCAAGCUGCGUUACUUGGAGCUAGGCAUUACCCAACGUAAGGAGACCAUGGUGAAGGACAGGGAGAGGAGGGAGCUGGCUUACCUGAGAUGUAUGGGGGAUGCUCGGGACUACAUGUCGGACAGCGAGCUCAAUAACCUCAGGCUGGUAGCUGCAACAGGAAACUUCGAUGCUAACGGUCUGCUGACAAGGCCAAGCACUGCACCGUUGAGCCAAUUCACUAAUGACAUCAAUGCAACCUCCCAGUAUCCCUCAACCUCAUCCUAUAUGUCUUAUCCAUACCCUCAAAGUCAGCCAUCAACACAGCAGCCUGGCUCUGCUUACCAACAGAUAGGUUUCCAACCUCCUCAGUACCCAUCAUCCUCUGCACCCCAGCCAGGAACAUUCCAGCCCCAUCCCCCGCCAGGCCCCGGCUACCAGAACCAGGCAAACUACUCCAAUCGCAUGUAUGCCCAGACCUCCUACCAGACAGACCUUGGCAUGCAGCAGCAUGGUCAUCAGGGCUUCCAUCCCCCUGGUCAGCCUAUGCCAAGCCAGACCCUUCCUUACCCCAGCCACAGCUCCUACCAACCUGGUCUCCCCUACCAGCCCCAGGCAGAGAUCCUGACAGUCCAUCAAAGACCGCGGCAAACCUCUUUGGCUGACCUUGAGCAAAAACUCCCAACCAACUACGAAGUCAUCAGCAACCCAGCAGUGUCAGUGGCCACAUCGGCUCCAGAUACUAACUUCGGCUCAGUGUACAGCAAUGCAUAUGGUCAGUACCGGCCCCCGGAGCCUGGCCUGACUCACGCUGUGGAGAGCCCCACCUCUGCUUAUGCUUCAGAGGGACUCUACACCUCUAACCUGGAGCAGAAUAUUCCUAGGAACUACGUCAUGAUUGAUGACAUCAGUGAGUUGACAAAGGACAACACUAACCAACCUACCGAUGCUCUAGGCCAUCCUGUGGGAGGGCGGUAUCGCAGUGAGAAUGGCCCGGCACGAGGGAGCGCCUACGGUAGGCCUGAAGACGAACCUGUGGAUGCUUAUGGCCGACCUACAGGAACUGCAGGGUACCAGAGUACAGUGGACAGUCGCACCAGCACCACAGUAAGUGGAGGCUCUUCCUAUUACUAUGAUGAUUAUAAACACACGUCACGAAGCGGCUCCAGUAGCCACAAACUCGCACCCAAGAAUCUCGCCCCUGCAGUAGUUUCCUCUAAACGAAGUAAGCACAGGAAGCAGGGAAUGGAGCAGAAGAUUUCUAAAUUCUCCCCUAUUGAGGAGGCACGGGAUGUGGAGUCAGACCUCGCCUCUUACACAAUGACAACAUCAACAGGAGGCAGCUGUACAGUCGUGUCCAGAUCCAAGAAGCUUCAGGACGAUGUCACCUACGGUAUGAAGAAGAACGCGUAUGACCAGCAGAAAUAUUACGGAACCAGUCGCGAUGGUCUUGAGGAGGAGGAUCGCAUGUACAGCUCUGGCAGGUCCAGGUCUACUGGAUAUGGUAUGGACAAGAUUUCCUCUAGAGAUGCCACAGGCCACAGAAGUAAAUCCUACGAGAGGGACGCCAUGGAGCGGUCUCAGAGGGGCAGCCGCGGUGGAAGGCCUCCGAUGCGCAGCCAGAACUCAGAAGAGGAGAGUCCACUCAGUCCUGUUGGGAAGCCUGUAGGCAUGGGAAGAGACACUGGCAUACCAGACGCCCAUGACGUGAGGAACCAGUAUGGCUCCAGCCAUUCGUUGCCAGACGUGCAGGACCAUCACAAGAAAGACCUGCCCAGGAGUCAUGUCUAUAAACCAGACGACCCUUACCUUGUAGAUGACAUGCACUGUGCUGUUUCUGACAGUGAAGCCUAUCAUUUGGGCCAAGAGGAGACUGAUUGGUUUGAGAAGCCUCGAGAGGCCCGCGCUGAUCGCUCAAGACAUCAUGGAGGUGGAGGUCACUCAUCCACAGGCAGGCGUAGUAAACACACCUACCACGAUUACGACGAACCUCCAGAAGAAUACGGUCCCCAGGAUGAGUACAACCAACAACGCCAACACUCUUCCUCCACAGGAUCGCGGGAUCACCGUCACCACGGCGGCAGCACUGGCAGACACACCUCUUCUCGCCACGCCUCGGAGGAUCCCAGGUCGACCCGUCCUUCCAGGACACACCCCAAAGACCCGGCAGUCCGCUCUGAUGGCAGAGGCUCUUCAUCUGCACAACGAAGGGGUGGUCCAGACUCCCGUUCCGCCCAGGGAAGCCCCCGGAAUUCAGGCGACUUCUCUCGAGACGCUGGUCAUCACCACGGCACCGCGGGACGGACCCAGAGACCCCAAGGAGAUCGCACAACCCCCAGAAGGCAGGAGCCAUCUGCAGCAGGGCCUAAACCACAGCAACAGCAGCAGCAGCAGCCGCAGCAGCCGCAGCAGCAGCAGCAGCAGCAGCCCUCUCAGGGCCAUACUGGGCAGCAGCGGUCAGGUGGCCAGUCUGGGAGACAUCCAGGCUCUGAACCACUUGAUGGUUCCCAGCAGGCCCACCAGCAGCAGCAGCAUCCACAGAGUGCACAGCAGCAGCAGCAUCCACAGAGUGCACAGCAGCAGCAACAUCCGCAGAGUGCACAGCAACAGCAGCAGCAGCAUCAGCAGCAGCAGCAGCAGCCGCCCCUGCAGCACGGCCAGACCCCUCAGAGCAGCCAGCCUACAACAACCAUCGCAGGAGCUGGACCGGCACAGCAGCAGCCCAAAUCUGGUCAAGCCCCACCACAGGGACGCCAGCCAGGAGUCGGGUCAGCAGCAGGGCAGCCGGCUACCACAGCGGCAAAAAUGGAUGCUCCACCUGCAGCAGCAGCAGCGACAGCAAUGAAACCUACAGCAGGAGUCCCAGCAGCAGCAGCACCUCAGCCUACCAAAAUAGCUACACCUCCUCUUACAGGCAUUGGCGCCAAGGCCGCCCCUGUUGGGAUCGGUAGCAAACCCGUAGGUAUAGGCAGCGCCGCCCCACCAGGACAAGCACCUGCUGAAGGGGACAACGUUCUCACGAAAAUGCUGCAAGGAGGGGCAGCAGAGCAGGCGGGAAAACUGGGAGAUGCUUUGUCUGGCCUUGGGAAGAAGUUCACUUCAUUUUGGUGAACUAAAGAAAGGAGGGGUAUGCAGAGAUGAGACAAGAUGGAUUGGUAGCUUUGUGCUUGAAAAACCUAUGAAACUGCAUUAAAUAAAUUUCACAUUACAGAGGAAACAGAGGAAGAGAGAUCCUGAAUGCAUCAAGCUGGAAUCAAAGGAUGCCUUGUCAGCACUGAAUUCCCCAGAUAUGGGCACACGACUGAGGUGAAUUAAAUAAGGGCGAUCGCUUCGUCAGCACGGUGUUACAAGACAUGAGCAGGAGGCUGAAGAGGCCUGAAAGUAAGUGGAUGCCUUGUCACAACAAACUACAGUCCCAGAAUGAUGAUUGUGGAGACGUCUGAUGCCUCAUUGGACCAAUGGAGGACAACAACGGUCAAUAAUGAGGAUGUGGAGAAGCGGAGGAGAGAGGGGGAAGGGGGACUGGAGGCCAAGCUUCCCCUCCUCCUCCUCCUCCUCCUCUUCCUCCUAGAGGAAGUCUCCUGAGGUUUGUGUGACAGUAAAGGCUCGCUAACUGAAGCACCUGGGUAUCAUGGGAGAAAUUGGCCGUGCAUGUCUCGUCUUUCAAACAGCUCAAUAAAGGAAGCCUCACAACGCCCUCUAUAGGAAUUGUAAUGGAACACCACUCAUGUCUGAGGAGUGCACAUCUGGCAAGGAUAUUUGAUUCUACAUUGAUGUCUUCACAGCCUUUUCAUGCAAAACACAGUGAAAAAAGAAGAAGAUUUUCAUAGGUUUUCCUCGUAUCAAAGAUACCGAUCUUAGCAAAACACAAUGACACCACAUACCUGGAGUAGACGACGUGUAUCACGGCAAUGACAACCAACCUGAUGUCUCCACUACAACCUUUGACUGCUUGGUUUCUCUGAUCUCUACAGUACAUUCCAGUAUAGGGGAUUUGACCCUUUAUUUGAAUGUGUUUUUAUUUCUCCUCUUUUUCUUUUGAUGUCUACAGAAUGCAUUGUGUAAAUGUGGACAUGAGAAUGCACGCACAAAUAUUUUAAAAACUGAAAAAAAAAAAAAAGAAGAAGCCCAUAUCGAAACUUUUUCACCACCUAUGAGAUGCCACUAGUCAUCAGCUGUAGGUUUUUAGGGAAGGGAAGUACUACCGGUGUGCCCACAAGUGUGAGAUUCACACAGAUGAGAGGACCAAAUGAAAGAGUGGCCACGGCUCUUAAUUAGCCAUCGCAAAGCCAUCGUUAUAGUCGGCCCCAGAGCCGACUGUAACGCUCUAGGGCCGACUAUAAAGAGGAUAAAGCCCCAGAGGGGACUCUAUCCUUUUUAUUGAUUUGUCUCAUCUUUUAGUUUCUUUUCAUUUUUGCCUCACUGAAUGGAAGAGCCUUAUUCAGUACAUGUUUUUACUUGUAUACCUCAUUAUGUUUUAAAAAUGUCCAUGUCAUCAUGCGUUUUCUUUUUACACGACUGUAUACUAUUGUAUGUACAUAAAACAAAUCAGAGAUCUAAUUAUGUAAAUUUUUGUCAUUUGUGUAUUUAUGGAAUCACUGUUUUUGUUGUUGUUCUGUGUUUUUUUUUCUUUGGUAAAAAAAACUUUAUAUUUUUCACUUUUUAUUUGUUUGAAUCUGUUUUCUUGCAUCGAAUAAUUUGCUUGUUGAUUUUUUAAAAGCAAUAGCAUGCAGAAAAUGGUAUAUAGCACAAUCGUAUUAAUGUUGUUUCAAUUAGUGAUGGGAAAUAUCAAAACACUUCUGUCGAUAAAUAGCCGUAAUACAAUUUGUCAGAGGGUUUACAACCACAGUACCGUGUCCAGACGUGCAUGUUAUGUGCAGAUGCAUAAGAGCAUGCAGACGGGUACGAAACACACUCACACAGACACUCUCUCUCUCUCUAUCUCUUGCAAAACAUAUAUGCACACACAUACUUUACACGCACUUUGCACCCCAGCUACACUUCAGAGCCGAGGUUAAUUGUGUUCUCCACCGAAUAGACAUGUUGACCUCCGGCUGAUUAAUGAGGUUACCAAUUCACCAAUAAGAUGAUCUCACUAACAAGCUGGGCCCGCUGCCUCUAUUUGUGCAAACACACACACACAUACACACACACACAUGCAUACAGAUACAGGAGAGGACGAAAGCAAUUAUCAAUUCAAAUGUUCUAUGCAAUGACUCAUUUUGAACCUGGAAGUGAUUCUGCCUAAAACAGUUUAUUAUCAUCACUGUAUUCACAAGAAAAACAACAACAUUAUGAACUAAGAUAGUAAAAAAAAAAAAAGGAAAAAAAGGUCAUGAAAAUGUUUUUACUUAGCAACUUGUCUGUAUGACUUUGAAUAUUGAAUAUUGAAACUAGAAUUGUUUUUAUUUUCGUGGCAUGUUUUGACCCCUCACUCCCCACACGGGGGACUCGUUGCCAAAGGGUAAACUGUGUAGACUGUCGGUUUUGAAUGUCCCACCAUCAUGUUGCUUUUGAAGCAUGGGUUUGCUUGGCUUUGUCUGGCUGUUUGUAAGCCCUUCAUUCAGUUUUUGUGCGUUUUUGGCUGACCUGGGCUCCUCAGUGUUUGGCUUGCAGUGACUGUCCGUGCUGCUAUAAACCUGUGAUACAGAUGGUCAGCACUUCUCAUUAAUACUUGUCGAUGUACAUAUUGGGUGUCAGUAUAACCUGUGGGGUGAAUGGAAUGCUUCUAUCUGAUAUUUCAUUGUUCACUCAGCAGCCAAGACAUUUGGAAAGGUGCAUGAUUAGAAAUUAUACUCUUGGGAGCUGUACCUGACUUUAAAAAAAAAAAAGGGUAAGGCAUGAUUUCACCAAGGUUUGCCUAACGAACCUUGACUUACACAGGCCAACGUAAAGAAUAUUGAUGAGUGAAAAUGUUCAGCCAGUCAUUCACAAAUCAGGGCAUGUCAUUUUGAAAGCACAAGCCUGACUGGCAGCACUUGCUGCUCGGUGAAACGCAGAAAUGUGGAGGUUGCGUAACAGUGCCUCCAACUGAACAGUGUAAGAUCUAUAUCAAAGCGAGGUGGAGAUGGUCGAGAUGCACGAAACAAAAACAGCCUUCAGUGCAGCUGUCCGUUUGACAGAAAAGGCAGACAGACACACAUUCUUACUGUAAAUACGAAUUUGUUCUUCUGUACAGCUUUUGAGUUUUGAGUACGGCUGUCAUGUGCAUCCCCAUGCCGUAUUUGCUGCCAACUUUUGUGUAUAAAAAGAAUAUUUGUUACCACAGUAAUGAGGAUGAUGGUGAAAACUAAUGAUGAUGAUUAUUAUUAUUAUUAUUGCAUAAGCAUAGUGUAUGUGGCUGACUUGUAUUGACUGUUUACAACAGUGGAACAAAACUCGUAUUCAGAAACAUAUCCAGUCUGUGUAUAGUUUCUAUACAUAUCGUGUUUGUAAAACAAGAAGAAAGAACCUCCUCUCAGAGAAGAAUGCCUUUGUCAGACUAUCAGGAGGUCUCUGAUUUGAUGGAUAUGAUCUUGCAAGGUGAUGAGGGUAAAGGGAAAGCAAAAAAAAAAUGAAACAAAAAAUCUGGAAAAUGUCAUUCACUGUUGUAAGUGCAAUGGGCAAAACGUCAGUCGUGUAUCCAUUGUGAAACCUUGUGUUCUAUUCAGUGUAUUCCUGUAAACAGAUAGAGUAAAUUUUGGUGCAUCAUGUCAAGUAAUGUGAUUAAUGAAAAUAUUGACCCUGCAAUUUCCAAACAGAGAGAAGAAUAAAAAGAAAAGGAAUAUA